AUGGGCUGCUGCUUCUCCCGCCGCAGCAAGCCGGCCCAGGGUGGCCAGCAGCCCGCGGCGGAAGCCGGCCAAGAUGCAGCGGCCGGAGAGGAGAAGGCGCCAAAGUACAGCUGGGACCAGCGAGCCAAGAUUGACCCCAAAGAUUACACUUUUUCCGGACUUAAAGAUCAAACUGUGGGUCGACUGCCUGGAAAAGUAGCAGGGCAACAAUUUGUCAUUCAGGACUGUGAGAACUGUAGUAUCUACAUAUUUGACCAUUCUGCUACGAUUACUAUUGAUGAUUGCAUAAACUGCCGAAUCUUUUUAGGACCAAUAAAAGGCAGUGUGUUUUUCCGUGACUGCAAAGAUUGUAAAUGCAUAGUGGCCUGCCAACAGUUUCGUACGCGGGACUGCAGAAAGCUGGAAGUAUUCUUGUGCUGUGCCACCCAGCCCAUUAUAGAGUCCUCCACAGGUAUGAAAUUUGGAUGUUUCCAGUACUAUUACCCUGAGCUUGCUUUACAGUUCAAAGAUGCUGGACUGAGUAUCUUCAAUAACACAUGGAGCAACAUCCAUGACUUUACCCCUGUGUCGGGAAAUAAUAAUUGGGACCUUUUGCCUGAGAAUGCUGUAGUCCAAGAUUAUGUUCCUCUUCCCAGCUCUGAGGAGCUGAAAGCUGUCAGAAUUUCUACUGAUGCUGCAAAGAGCAUAAUACCAGUAACUCGAGGGCGGAGAGAGAAGAGCAGCGAUGAAUCGUGUUUGGCUGUGUUCUUUGCUGGUGAUUAUACAAUUGCAAAUGCCAGGAAGUUAAUUGAUGAGAUGACUGGUAAAGGGUUUCAGCUGGUACAGACUAAAGAAGUCUUAAUGAAGGCAGAGGAUGCUCAUAGAGUUUUCAAGCACUGUGCAUUAGAAUUGAUUCCAUUGCUUGAAAAAGGUCCAGUGGUUGCUUUGGAGUUCAAUGGAGACGGUGCUGUGGAAGGAUGUCGAAGCACUGUAAAUGAUAUUUUUAGUGGGACCAAGGUUUUUGUAUCAGAGAGCAAGGCAUCAGCGUCUCAAGAUGUAGACAAUUUCUACAACUUUGCUGACAUGCAGAUGGGGAUGUGA